AUGAUGGCAUCUGAAUACAAGAAACGAGGCGGUGACUACAACACAUCGAAGGAGGAAGGACAGUCGGAGUCUCAAAAGCACCUGGACAAUUGGACCAAGGAGGACUGGCAGACCAAGGAGGGCGAGGGAACAGCCCGGCAGGAUGAUGACUCUCGGAAGCGAUACCUACCCAAGAAGGCUUGGGAGGAGUUGAGUGAAGAUGAGAAGAAUAAAACCGACGAGAAGAAGGUUGAGGAAUCCAAGGAGGGAAAACAGUUCGUUGGAAACACGGGGGAAGCGAAGCAGGCUCGCAGAAAGGCCAGCGUGAAAUCGGACGACGAAGAGGACGAGAAGGGAGAAGACCCGAAGAAGAAUGACACCGACGGAAAGAAAGGGGAUGGCGACGAUGGCGACAAAGAUGACGAAGCUGCAGAUGAAAAGGAAGACGAAGAGGGUGAGGAUGAAGAGCAGGAGGGUCAAGGAAAGAAAUCGACCGAGGCAAAGAAGGAUUCGUCCAAGGGAGAGACCAAUGGUGAAAGCGCAAAGGGCUCAAAGAAUUCUGGAGGCGAGGGCGAAGGCGCAGGAACCAAGCGUAGCGCCAAGCAGGACACAAGCCCGAACAAAAAGCAAAAGGAUAGCUCGAGGAUGCAGAGUCUACGGAAGAGAGAUUGA